AUGACGCGGCUUCACCAGCAGCUGGUCGAGCAGAGGCAUGCCUCCCGACUCCGGGCGGCCGCCGCAGCUGCCGAGGUGCGUCUGGAGGACCUGGUCGAGAUCAUCCGCUCUGCCAUCGAAGAUGGCUUCGCGCCACGCAGUGAGUUUGAAGCUGUGGAGCGCAAACUCACGGAUCUCAUCGGAAGCCUCACGCGCGAGGCCAACGCCGAUGAGUUGGCGGAAGACAGGGCGGAGGGGUACGUGAGGGCGCUGGGCCCUUUGCCCGAGGCGCAACCUGCCGCCUUCUGGUAA